CUUCCUCGCAGGGCACGUCAUAGCGCUGCCGGCCGCAGCUGAUCCCUGUGCACGCUAUGCCGCGCUUGACCGAUCCGUCCUGCCCAGGUGAAGCUAUCCCAACGUCCACGCUCCACCCGCACAUCCGCACCCGCCAGGUGCCUCAACCGGCUCGAGAUGGAGAAGCUCAAGACCAAGAUCCUGCACCCUCACCGGCGCGCCCGGCAGGCGGCGAAUGAAGACACGAAACAGGACUCCGGCAGCCCCCUGACUGGCUUCCAGCACUGGGCUGUGGCAUUCAUCGUCUGUAACUUCAACGUCGACGUAGGGCCCGAGAUUGAGAUCAUCUACCCGCCAGACGUGCCCUUUUCGACCACAGAUCUGAGCGCCAUCUGCUUCAACAGCUUCCCUGAGCAGCAAAAUACCGAAACCGCUGAGGACCUUGCCUUCAACUUCACCCUUACCAACAACUCGCCUGACAUCAACCUGAGCUCACCGCAAGCCCCUCACGGGAAUCCCAACACCUUCUAUGGCUGCUGCGUCUUCCGCCAAGAGUUUGAUCAUACCAUGAAGAGAAGCUUCAAUCAACGCACUCUCGUUCUAGUUUCUCACCACAACUUUCUCGCUUUCUACAACCGCCUAUUGUAUCAGAUGACAGAAUCGGGCCUCAUCAGCGACCCUACCACGCUGGAAUCAGCAUAUACGCAGAUGGUCACUUGGCCCGCGCCAGCCUUGGGACGACAGGAGCUUCCGUUCAUGGGCUCCAUGAUAGCUUUGGAUAUCGCGCCGCACCAUGCUUUCCCACUCCAAGGCUUGGCCGGACCUACUCCGUUGAUUUCAGACAAGCCUUCCUCCAUCUAUGCGUACGAACCGCUGGGCUCAUGGGACCUUAUCAUGCACUAUAUGCCCUGCAUAUCCGAUCUGUAUGUCCUCUACGAAAUGCUACUUCUCUGUGAGAGCAUCAUCGUCAUCGCCAAAUCACCGCAGCUGGCCAGUGAGGCCGUCUCCGCUCUGGUGGAUCUCGUUCGCCCCGUUCCGUACGCCGGAGUCAUCAAGCCCUACAUGACCAUGCAAUCCGACUUUCGCGGCAUCGGUAUCGACGGAGGCACACCAAGCUCGUUCAUCAUCGGCAUCACGAAUCCAUUCCUGUUAAAGCGCAUACUCUCCGCAACAGAGGGCAACCAGCGCUCAAGGCCGCAUAUACUAUAUCUGCAGAACUUUGACGGACCUGUACCAGCUAAGCGCCACCACUCACUUCACCGUAAAUUGAGUCGGAACGCUCUACUGGAUCUGCCUGGAGGCGGCAUUGACGCGCAUGCGCCCUCGAAACGCUUUCUGAAGUCCGAGUCUGCCCUCCUAUCACAAGUCGAAACCCUCCUCAAACCUGGUGAUCAAACUCACGAAGUUGGACCUCUUAUUCGACGGCACUUUGCUGAGCUAACAGCUCAGUUCAUCGCACCCAUCACACGUUAUCUCACCGCAACAAACGUCGUCUCGCCCGGCGGCAAUUCCCGAUACGCGAGCUUUUCUGUUCCAGAGUUCCUACAUAAUCUGUCGAAGCACGGAACGAGCGUGAAAUUCCGUGGGCAGAGCCCGAUACAGAGACAUCGUGCUAGAGACGGAUUGUACGAGAGCUUCUGUCAUUCGCCGAACUUCUACUCUUGGCUCGAUAUGAAAAUUUCGCUGGAGAACGAGGCUAGUGCAGGAUUACUAGGAUCUGGUACAGCGUCAACAGCAGCGGCAACCUGAACGCACAUCCUAUGAUGGCGGACCCGCUUUCAAGACACAGGAGCUCGCCGAACCGCCUCAAAAUUUCUCCGCCAGCCCCCGGAACACCAUCGAGAAAGGUCUAGUACAAGCGCCAGCGAAACUUCCUCUCGUGGAGAACCGAAGUGGGACUUUCACCGGACUUUGGAACCCGAUGCUAUUCAGCUUGGACAUGUCCACAAUGCUGAGAGAAACGUCACGAACAGCACUCGAAGCGCCAUAGUCGCUGUCAAGAGAGAACCGCGGGAGGAGGUUCGAGAGCGUUUCCGAGGCAUCCUCCAUGUUGAUCGCCAACCA